AUGUUUCUGGGCUUUUUGGUUGAUCUCUUCGACUGCCGGCGACUCGGUGGCGAUGGAAUGAUGGAGUUUCCUUCCACUCCCGCGAUAAAUGAAACACCGCCAAAGCCAGUGAAGGUGAAGGUCGUACUCCCACUGCCGCCGCCCCUGACCUUCGAAAUCGUCCGCAAUCCCUGGGCUCCCGAACAGGAAUGCGAUGAUGGCUACGGCUUCGACGAUCCCCGACUCCCGGAGUUUAUCAUCUGA